UGACUGCGCGGCUAUAUCGACUCGGCGGGCUAACGAGAGUGUGGCUCCAACCGAACGCAAUUGGAAAUCAAUUGGGCAAAAUAGACGGUUGCUCGUGUGGAAAGGGGCGUUGAAAAGGUGUCAGCGCGGCGGACAACAACAUGAACACGAAGAGAAAGCGCGGGAGAUGACGGAAGCUCGGAGGAGUUUUCAACUAGCCUAGCUUAGCCUUCGCCGAGCUCGACUGGGAGGCCGACCUCCGCACUGGAUCGCCGGACUGAACUCCUUCGUCCACUCGCCGAACUCCCCGCCUCUCUAACGAUGCGAUGUAUCCGCCCGAUGACACAGUUCGACAGAAAACAUACACGUGAGGUCAAUGCGCCAGCGACCACGUGAUCCGAGUCCGCAUACACUAAUACACUGUAACUCUUUUCAAAGCAGGAGUCCACUCUCCUGGUUUUCCACGAGCUCCCGCUUGCCUUUCUCGCAAUUCCUUCCACCUAAUGCCGUAUUUGGUUCCAAGUCCCUUUCAUUAAAACCACCGAGCUAGGCGCGAAUGGCAAACGUUACUGUUCCAAAGGUGGCAUCGAGCGAAAAUAGAAAGAGGAAAAGGUGAGGACGCAGGAAGAUGACGUAGUAUGUUCGACGGCGGCCUGGCGCACUUUGAUGACGUCAACAGCGUGACGUCUGCUAGAGCAGCAGGGCGAUGUCGCCGAUGUUUACCGUCCAGCUGCUGGGAAGGCGAAACAACAUCAGGAUGAACAUUUGAGCGUCUUCUUUCACACGACAUUCUCCGUGCAGAAACAUGGCAAGCCAGCCGUCCGUCCUGAAGGAGUUCUGCACCCUCCAGCACCUGCUGCACGCAAUCCCAACCAAAGUGCAGAGAGGUUUCCGCUCGGUUCUGGUCUACCUGACGGCGGUGGACAGCAGCCGGGACUUUGUGGCGGUGGGCAGCAGCAUCGGCAUGCUGUACCUGUACUGUCGCCGCCUGGCGCACAUGAACAAGUACAGCCUGGAGGGGAAGGCGGACGCCAUCACGGCCGUGAAGCUGCUGAGCUGCUUUGAUGACCUGGUCGCCGUGGGAACCGCGUCAGGCCACGUGGCCGUCUUCCAGCUGGUAUCCCCGCUUCCGGGUCGCAAUAAACAGCUGAGGCGUCUGGACGUGGAGGGUCUGCACAAGGGCACGGUGACAUCGCUGGUCUGGAGCACCAACGGCAUGAAGCUGUUCUCCGGGGACGACCGAGGACGCGUGGUCUUCUCUGCUCUGGACUUGGAUCAGGGCACGUGCACGCCUGUGCUGCUGUUGCAGGAGUCGAGCGGCGUGGUCCAGUUGGACUACAGUCGCCAGGUGCUGCUCGUCUCAACGCUGCACCGGUCUCUGCUCUACUGCACCCAGAAACAGGAAGUCCUGCAGCUGGGCGCCAAACCCCGCAAGAGCAGCGGCAGGUUCGGGACGUGUUUCAUGCCGGCCCUCUGCAAACAGAGCGACCUGCAAGUGUUUGCAGCUCGUCCUGGACUCACACUGUGGAGGUCGGAUGUCAGAGGUCAUGUGGUGGACACCAGGCUGCUGAAAGGUCUCUUCAGUGCUCAGAUUCCUCACUUCCAGACAUUUCCUCAUGCGGGUCCAAUCGGGGCGUACCGUCCGGCAGAGCGGCAGCUGGGUCUGCUCAGUUGUUUCCUCAAAGAAGGCUGGAUUCUCAGCUGGAACGAAUACAGUGUCUACGUCCUGGACUACAUUAAUGAGGUUCUGGUGGGAGCCCUGGAGAGCAGUGGAGACAUUGUGUCUUUGUCCUGCUGUGACAAUGAGAUCUUCAUCUUGAAAGGAGACAGAGAUUUGAUCCGACUCUCAGACAGUCCGGAGGGAGCCGUCAGUGCCUUGUCAGACUUCCCCGUCCGUCUGUCCUCCCCUUUGACCCCGCCCAACAUCCUACCGCCCACCGGAUGUGUGGAGACGGCUCAGCCAAUCAGAACCAUGGCCAUCAUCGUGGAGGGCGGGGCUCUGCGGACGAGGCAAGGCCAGGAGGGAGAGGAAGACGGGGAGGAAGCAGAGGAGGCACAGGAGACGAAUGAGGGCGCCCCCAUCCUCACCAGCUGCUCUCGUAGCCGCAGCAGCUCAGUUGCGUCCUGGGACAGUCUCCCUGGAAAUGCCUCCGAGCGUUACGGCACGCCCAUGGGGCAGGAAGACAUGCGGCAGGAACUGGUGGUGAAAGCCGUGAAAGUCAAGAAGAAGAAGAAGAAGAGAGCACAACAAGAAAGCAACGGCGGCACUCGCCUGUCUGAGAGCAGCUGCUCGGACUCCAUGUUUGUAGUCCAGGAUGGCAGCUGCAGUGAUGCGGGAAGUGACCGUGCAUCCCUCCUAGGGCUGGAACUUCUCAACCAGGACUCUCCAGAGCAGGGUCACCAGCCAGAGGACAGCAAUGAAAGGUGUUCCUCCUGCACCCAAACCAGUUGCUCGGAGAACCAGCUUGUCCCCAUCACCCCAGAUGUGGAUCUGCUGCUGGAAAGCACCUUGUCCUACACGCACCGCAGCAUGCAGGAUGAUGUACCGGACCGACCGCCCAUUGAAAACCCGCUCCUGAGCCGCCCAACGGAAUCAGAGGAUCAGCGUGCGGCAUCCCCUGACUGUGUGAAGGAGCAGAUGUUGGACUCUGUUGGACUCGCGAGCAGGAAGUUGAGCGUGUCUAGCGAGGAAGAAAACGACAUCUAUUGCCAGAGUCUGCUUCCCGCUGGCGGUGCGGCAGAACACGGCAGCUUCCGCACCCAGCAGACUGAUGGAUUACCGCACCAGGAAGUGGAAGACACACUUGGACACAAACCUGACCAGCUGGCCCAAAGCUGGAUGGGUUUCUCAGGACCUGGAUGUGGAAUACUGAGUCUUCAUGUGACCGACAGGUACGUGUGGUGUUUGGACUUUAAAGGUGGACUGUUCUGCAGUCCUCUGCCUGAAAGCAUGAGUCUCAGUUGGCAGCGCUUUGAAGACAAUGUCCACCAGGUGGCGCUCUCUCCCUCCGGUCACCUGCUGUGGAAGGUGGAGCAGAAGACCAUGACGGCGUUUGCUUGUGCCAAAGUGUCAGGAAAAGGAAAGCGUCACUGGUACAAGGCGGUGGAGCAAACCUCCUUUGUGGCACUCGGUGAUGACUCAGCCUGGGUCAUCAGGACCAACGGAGACCUCUACUUGCAGACAGGUCUGAGUCUGGAGCGUCCGUGCGCUCGCUCGGUCAAGGUGGACACGCCGUGCGUCUUCAGCCAGGUGUGCGUCAGAGGGGGUGUGGUCUGGGCCCUGAGUGAACACAACACUUUAUACUACAGAGAAGGACUUGAUGCUUUCUGCAGCCUGGGAGACGCCUGGAAGUAUGACACUGUCAGUGAGGCUCAGGGGGUGGAGCUUAUGUGCGUGGCUCUGGGAGAAGGCGGCAUGGCUUGGGCACUGGAUGUCAGAGGCAGCCUCUGGUUUCGAACCGGCAUCUCUUCAUCCUCACCCCGCGGACAAGAUGACCAUUGGUGGCAGGUCAGCAUCUCGGACUACGCGGUGUUCGAUCAUGGAAGCCUGUUCCAGACCUUGUUGAACGCCACACACAGCGUCGCCACGGUAACCAAAGCCCCGGUGGAGCGGGUGGUGGCGUUCUUGUCUCAGUACUCGCAGCGUCAGCCCGCCCUAGUCAGCGCCAACGCCGGUGGCGUGUGGGUGGCGUCGGGACGGAACCAGCUCCACUUGGCCCACAGCGGCCUCGUGGGAACCUUCUGGCAGAACCUUGUUCCCAGAGGAACCCUGGCAGCCACCAGGUGGACCUUCAUCACGUCUUCCCCAGUGCCACACAAAGAGGGUACCUUCCUGUGGUUGGCUCAGAGCAGAAAGGACCUGUUGUGCGUGUGGGACGGGGACGGGGAGCUCCGCCCAUCUUCGGUGCCGCUGCCGGCAGAGGUGGAGCUGGCUCAACUGUCGGCUUGCAGGGAUGCCCUGUGGGGACUGGAUUCUCACGGCCGGGUCAGUAUUCGGACCCUGUCUCGGUCCUGUCCUACUGGACUCAACUGGACUUCCCUGGACCUCAGUCAGCUGGGAAGUGUUCGUUUGGUCAGCCUGAGCUGCGGAAGUCAGAACGUAUGGGCCCUGGACAGUCGGGGACUGGUCUACUUUAGAGUCGGAACACAACCACUCAACCCCAACAUGAUGCUACCUGCUUGGAUCCACAUCCAGCCACCUGUCCAGCCUAUCGGAGUACAACUAAUUAGUAUUCAGACGAGUCCAAAUGAUGGUCUUCUGUGGGCACUGGACAACAGAGGCGGAGUCUUCGUCAGGACGGGACUGAGUGAUGACAUGCCUGUUGGGACAGAUUGGGACCUGGUUCAAGGUCUGACCGUCAGUCAGCUGCUUCUCAGUUCUCGCACGGUUUGGGUUCGAUGUGCCAACGGAGACCUGGCUCGACGUUACGGUGUCUCAGACAGAAAUCCGGCCGGAGACUACUGGAAGAAGAUCCCGGGACAGGCCAACUACCUAACUGUCACUGCAGAUGAUGACUUGUGGGCGCUCACUGCCAACGGCGGGUUGGCCCGUCGCAUGACAAAGCUCCUCCCACAAACACAGCGUAGAUCCACCCCUUCCGGGAUCAACCUCGGCGAUGAUGACGAUGACGAGUGGGAGCUCCUCUGAUUUCAAAGUUUCCACAUUGUGCACUUUACCGCUUCUCACUUGUCAAUCAUUCACAGCACGUCCACUACUCUCGGUGAGCUGGAGCCUAUCCCAGCUAGCUUUCCUUCCCUAAGUCUAACCUCGUCCUACUAGAUGGGGCGAGCUGGAGCCUAUCCCAGCUAGCUUUCCUUCCCAAACUCAAACUUCGCCCUACUAGAUGGGGCGAGCUGGAGCCUAUCCCAGCUAGCUUUCCUUCCCUAAGUCUAACCUCGUCUUACUAGGUGGGGCGAGCUGGAGCCUAUCCCAGCUAGCUUUCCUUCCCUAAGUCUAACCUCAUCUGACUAGGUGGGGCGAGCUGGAGAGCCGAUCCCAGCUAGCUUUCCUUCCCUGAGUCUAACCUCGUCUUACGAGGUGGGGCAAACUGGAGCCUAUCCCAGCUAGCUUUCCUUCCUAUACCUAACAAUUUUCUAUGAGCUUUUCCCGGAUCUCUUCCAGUGAGCUGGAGCCUAUCCCAGCCCAACUUUGGGCAAAAGUGAGCAACCCACAUUUGUACUAGUGGCACUGGUACUGCUAGCACUGGUACUGGUGGUACUGCUAUUAGUACUGGUGGUACUGCUAUUAGCACUGGUGGUACCGGGAUAUUUAAGGGAUUGUCACAAGUUGACGAGUGGGAAGUUGUGAUAAAAAAAACAGAAGAUAGCCUUAGUGUUGAAAGAAGUCGGAAGAAAAGUUAUGUGUUCUGCUGUUCUACUUUUUGUUCAUGGACUUGACUUUGUUUAGUCUACUUUGUUGGGUGGGUAGAUCUGAGCCUGAACAAAACCAGUAGACCUGGACCAGCGGCAGACUGCCCUGAUGGGCUCCGGUGGACUUUGAGUUGGGUGGGUUCUGUUGGUCCUGCAAACAUUGUUUGCUUGAGGAACUCUUGGACAGGACUGGAGCAGACCUGAAUUAACUCUUAGAACUAGCUGCACUUUACUGGACUCUGGCCUUACGGUGGACUGGGUCCACACCUGAUAUGUGAGUGGGUUUGAUAUUUAUUAAAACACAGAAGCUGUUUAUGAA